AAAUGUUUUUAUCUCUAUAUAGCGAGAAAUAACAGAGAGAAGUGUGCCUGACUCCGUCACAAGAAAUAGGGACUGCUAUGAGCAUGUGUGGCCAUCUGAAGCGCAUCCAGAUCAUCGGAUUACAUCCGGUGUGAACAGAGAUAAUAAGUUUCAUUUGUUUGAAUAAAAACUGAACAAACAUAGAGAAGUAGUGCCACCAGCACUAGUUGAACCUAAAAACGCGGAGCUAAACAGGUGGCCAGCGGAUCUCAUUAAAAAUUCACCUGCACUUGCAAACGAAACGACAAAAAUCAAGACUGGGUAAUGAAAUAGUUCCCAACAAAAAUGAUACCUUAAACAUUUACAAUGAAAGAGAACAGUUACGGACAUUGACAAAUGCCACAAAACGUCACGUUGGUUUAGGUUUUCUGACUAAAGAUUCAAACUAUUUGUUCGUAAGAGUAAAGAAGACUACCGUUGGGUUCAAUCUUCUGAUGAAACAAGACCAUUCCAGCAGCUUUCAUGUUAAUAGUAUCCUCUAGAUAGUCGGACAAUAAGGCACAAUUUGCAAUGAAGACACGACAUCAAAAAGAGCAGGGAUUUUUGCGAGCAGAAGGGCGUUCCUCCUUUGCCGAAAAGUUGCACUUUGCGCUUGUUGUGAUUUUCAUAGUCCAACUCUUCCCCCUUGUUCACGGACUCGAGACUCCGACUACACUUGAAGGAAAGCGAGAAGAUGAGAUGGAACACUCGCACAACACGGACAGCCUAAGUAUCAUGAUCCUUAUAGGUUUACUCAUUGUCGAUAUACUCGUUAUUUGGCUAUUCAAGAUACGUAGGCUGAAGUUCAUUCACGAGACAGGGGUUGCGAUGAUCAUUGGUGUGGUCGUCGGCGCCUUGAUCAAGUAUUCCGAGGUCGGACAUCACAAGCAGCCACUAUCAGUCAAGAUAAAGAACUGCAAUAACCUCACGAAUGCACCUCAGAGCGUCUGGGUGAACAUAAACGGCACGGAGUAUACUUAUAAUCUGAUGGGUAUUCGAUUCCCCGCGCAAACCCAGGCCCCUGAUGAAACAAAUGAGAUCGAAUCCCGAGCAACUUUUAACCCUGAGAUAUUCUUUUACGUACUUUUACCACCGAUAAUAUUCUACGCUGGUUAUAGUAUGCAGAAGCGUUACUUCUUUCGUAAUCUCGGAGCUAUUCUGACGUACGCGUUCUUUGGUACGACUAUUUCGUGUUUCGCCACUGGGAGUUUAAUCUACGGGUUUAAUGUCUGGACAGGAGUAACGAAGGAUUUCGAUUACCCAGAAUGCUUGCUGUUCGGUGCGCUUAUAUCCGCUACAGAUCCCGUCACUGUACUAGCGAUAUUUCACGAUAUCCACGUUGAUGUAGACAUGUAUGCACUUGUGUUUGGAGAGAGUGUUCUGAACGACGCGGUGGCGAUAGUGCUGUAUCGUGCGAUCGAGAGCUACCUCGCGUACAACCCACGCGAGAUGCGCGAGUUUGACUUGAUGUCUUGUGCCCAAGCGCUCAGUGAUUUUGUUGCUAUAUUUACAGGUUCGUUCGUCAUCGGCUGCAGCAUGUCUUGCAUCAAUGCACUUGUCACUAAGCUCACCAAGCUAGGAAGUUUUCCUAUUCUUGAGACGGCGUUGCUUUUCUUGAUGUCUUAUUGCACGUUCCUCAUGGCAGAGAUAGCAAACUGGUCGGGUAUCGUCGCUGUGCUAUUCUGUGGAAUCACCCAACAGCAUUACACAUAUAAAAACCUCACAGACGAGUCACGAGCGAGGACUCUACAAACGCUAGAGCUCUUGAACUUCAUGGCUGAAAACUUCAUUUUCACCUAUAUCGGAUUAUCCGUAUUCGCGUUCACAAGUCAUCAAUGGAACCCUGGUUUUAUUGGGUGGUCCUUUCUUGCGAUCUUCGUAGGGCGAUUUCUCAAUAUCUAUCCCCUUACUUUUUUCCUCAAUCUUGGGAGAACGCGUACUAUUCCAGCAAAUUUCCAGCAUAUGAUGUUUUUUUCAGGUUUACGUGGGGCGAUAGCGUUCGCGCUCGCUGUACGUAAUACCGUCUCUAUUCCCCGUCAGAUGAUGCUCACUACGACACUCAUCAUAGUCAUCGUGUCCGUGAUAGUAUUCGGCGGCAUCACAUUACCAGUUCUACAGUUCUUGAACAUUAGGAGUGGUGUUGAUGAACAGGAGGAGGAGACUAGGGCACGCAGGCUCAGUUUGAUUGACAUCAACGAUCCCACCGCAAGUACUCCACAGGAUCGACUGGAGAAAAAGAUCUACGAGAAAGCGUGGCUGGUACGCGCGUGGUCGCGCGUGGAUAGUAAAUACCUUACGCCAAUGUUUGUGGAAGAGAGCGCGCUAACGGACUCGCACUGGCCCGCGCACCACUAACCCAAACCCACGUGAGCGCACCUUUUCCGCGUGUGAAUAGUAACUACAAGCCCCAUCUCCACUAACAAUUUUUAGUUGACAAUUUUUAUGUGAAAAUUUUUAUUUGCUAGUGUAGAGCAAAUUGUAGUGGAGCAAAUUGGGCAAUUUUUAUGUGGCAAUUAUAGUUUCUCAAAAGCUAGCAGGUUUGCUUUUUCUCGGCAAUUAAAAAUUGUCACAUAUGAAAAAUUGCUAGUGCAGAUGCCAACAAAUAUAGUUGUCAACUAUAAAAUUGUCAACUAAAAACAGUAGUUUUUAGUGUAGAUGGGGCUUUACGCUCAUGUUCGUGGAAGAGAGCGCGCAACCCGUGCAUUUUACUAUCAUGCGCAAAAGCAUUAGCGACUCAGCGUAACUAGCGUUAACGCACCUUUUCCGCGCGCAUAUGCUGCCUGGAAUAGGAACGUGGUUACAUUAUUUUUACUCUUGCUCCGAGGAGUGAGGAUGGGCAAGCCUGCUUAUUUUCGCUUUUUUUUUGUGUACCCGGGUUAAAACGAUGAGCCUGUGCUUGCUCUCGGAAGUUCCAUUUUAUUAUUAUCAAUAUUGAAUAUCGUAGUAAACGUUAUAUCCGUAUUGAACAAAUACAAAUUAAGAUAUCCAAAAAGGGAUGAGUAAAGGGGAGCGAGGGUGAGCAAGGAAUGUGGACUUGACCAACAACUAGAAUUUCCGUUUUCUGAAGGCUUGAGUGUGAAAGGUAUUACCUAGAUUUUGGAUGUCUAAGACGACAUAUUUUUAGGCUUAAGAAGUUUGUAGCUUCACACCCGAUGCCUGUGCCAAGCAAAAAAUGAACUCCUAGAAUCUAAAAUGCUCGUAAGAAAUUCGAGGAGAUUAACUUACGAGAGGUUUAAUCACAGUACUUUCUAAAAACUAAGAACACAAAGCAUCUUAGAUUGCCUGCAUUUUAAUGUAGCUUGCUUUUGUUGUUCUGGGCAUAAAACAUGUCAUAUGCACGUGCGUUACUUGACAAGAAGUAGAAAGGCUAGAGGCAGCAAUGUAGACCUAGGUCUUAGUGUGCUGCACAUGAUGACGACAUCACUACAUUUCUAUAGCAACACUCCUAUUCCCAAGCGACGCGAGGGUCAAAGAGACCCCGAUAUUUUUCAUUGUACAUCUCAGCGAGCUGUGCGUGGCGUAACCGAAUAAGACAGGGCUGGGAUCCUGGUUAUUGCCUCCCCAUUAAUGCGCGGGUACGUCAGGUUCUUUUGUGUUGUACAGUUCGCUAGAUAGCGGUGCUGGGGCCGAAAUCUCCUGCUUAGCCGUAAAGCUUAAUGCUGCCAUACGGUGUUUAAGCGCAUGUCUGCAAGUAUGGUCUAAUUUUUCUCAAUUUAAUCGGAUCUGGAAAAGGUUCGAUUCUCGGCCAUGUACUCAAUUUUUUUUUUCACUGUUUACCAGUUGCGAUUCCAUAUUCCUUGCCCACCAUUGUUCCCCUUUGUUCACAAUGUUUUCUGCUCAUCUCCCUUGCUCAUCCUUGCUCCGCUUCGCUUAAUCCGGUUUUCCGUUGUUCGGUCUGAAAGUCUAUAUUCUAUAUCUUAAAGAUAUAGUAUCUUUAAGUCCAUAUUCCUUCUCAAUAUCCUUCUCGUAUAUUUUAAUUUGUAUCUAUUCAAUACAGGUAUAAUACCCUCGGUACCAGAGCCUCCAGACUUCUCUCGUCCAGUGAUGCUUAAACAAAAUUCCUCGACGAGCGAAGCGCUUGCGCUUGUCACGGCAUUUUGGCUGAGCGUCACUGGACGAGAGAUGUCUGGAGGCUCUGGUACCCAGGGUAUAGAUAUAACUACGACAUUCAAGAUUGAUAAUUAGAUAAAGAACUCCCAAAAGCAAUGAAUAAUUAUAAAGGAAUAAUAAAGUAAAGUAACGUGCACCGUUUUAAAAAAGACAAAAAAUGCUUGUUCACUCUUGCUCCUGGGACCAACUUUUUUGGUUGUCCGUAUCGGGCAAUAUCUGAUAGAUUAGUGUACAACAAAAGUGGCUGGGUGAUGGGUUUCCAACCCGGCUGGGAUCAGACAGUGAGAAAAAAAAAUAUUUUUCUAACAUCUAUACUUUAUUUAUUAAACAAAGUUGUCAAACAUUA